AUGUCAGCCUCCAUAAGGUCGGGAUUGAAAGUCGUUUGUUUCAGAAAAUUACUGAUUCCACUGCAACAAGUACCAAGUCGAUGUUAUAAGAAAGGAUUAAGUAAAGACCUGAGAAUUCAAUAUAAAUCAAGAUUAACUGUUGGACCGGAACCUGACAGACAUAGAUCAGAGUUUAUUAAUUGGAAUUAUGACAGUGAAGUUUAUUCCUUUGGUAAAAGACUUGGUGAAGAUUUAAAUGAUGAUAUAUUAAAGAAGGUCUUUUUACACAGAUCUUACAUUGAAAGAGAGAAAAAGAAAAUACAAGAAUUAGGAAUUGCUGUUGGUACUUCAGGUCUUGAUGUAGAUCAUAAUGAACAAUUAGCCAAAUCAGGGGAACAACUAGCAAGUAAUUAUGUACUGAUAUAUCUAAGAAAUGCAUUUCCUAAUUAUUUUGAAGAAGGAAUCAGAUCUAUACAUGAAUAUUUAAUGUCUGAAGAUGUAUUAUGUAAUAUUGGUAGACAUCUUGGAAUACCUGAGUUAAUUAUGUGUGAUGAUUUUCCUCUAAGAGAAUCUACAAUAGUGACAACAUUAAUGGCUUUUAUAGGUGCAUUAGAGCAAGAAAAGGGUAAAGAGAGAGCUCAUUUAUUUGUCCGAGAUUUUAUUUUACCACAAUUAAUUGGCAAGGAUAUAAAUGAAAUGUGGAAUGUGGUUAACCCAAUGGGUUUAUUGACAGCAGUAUUACACUUUCAAAAACGUGGUUUGCCUGAACCAAGACUAUUAUGGGAAGGUGCCAGUUCAACUUUGAUGUCUGUUUAUCAUAUUGGUAUUUAUUCAGAUCAAAAACUUAUUGGUAAAGCACCUGGUGAAACUGCUCAGAUAGCUGAAGAAAUGGCUGCCCGUGAUGCUCUAAAACGACUUUGUCAGACACAGGAGAGCAGACCCGCACUAUUACUAGGAAAAUUAUCAGAGAAUUUAAAACUAGAUGAGAAGAAAGUGAAUAUUAGUGCUAAAGACAUAAUUGAACAAUUUUCACCCAAAGAGAGUACUGCUAGUACAUCAUCAAAGUCAAUAUUUGGUAUAUUUAAAGGAAAUCACAGUUUGAACAAGGUUUAACAGAAGAAUUUUGUCAGAUCAUGGAUGGCAGGAGUUUUAAUCCGUAGAAAAACAUAGCACAAAGCAUGAGUUUAUUGUACUCUGCAAGCUUUUCUACAUUCACAUACAUUUUGUAGAUUGAGAAUACAUGGAUAAUAAUCAAAUAGUUUGACCCGAAAACGAGGAAACCCAUCUUUAACAGGAUAAACAAAAUUUAUAGUAUUUAUAUUUUAUGUGGUAAAAAAAUAAUUAGAAAAC